AUCACAAUCUCUGCUCUCCUUAACACAAACCAAACCAAAAACAAACACCCUACAUAGAUGAAGCAAAUCAUGUAUUAUCUUUCCACUUCUUCUAUGGUCCUAUUCUUCAUCUUCUUUUUAUUUCACCAUUUUCCUUUUGCUUCAAGUAAACAAGAACUUGGAAGGUGUGAGACCAUGUUUCAGUGUGGGAACAUCACGGCCGGUUUUCCUUUCUGGGGUGGGAAUCGUGACAAACUCUGCGGUCAUUCACCGCUGGAGCUUCACUGCAACAAAAACAUCACCUCUUUAUCCAUCUCAGAUCAAGAGUUCCGUGUUCUACAUAUAAAUCAAUUAUCUAACUCUCUUAGACUUGCCAGAACAGACCAUGUGGGCUCUUUUUGCUCCUCUAACUUCACCAACACAACCUUGCCUCCAAACUUAUUCAAGCUUUCCUCAACCUACAAGAGUGUCACAGUAGUCUAUAAUUGCAACCCUUUGGGUCUCCACUUUCAGGGAUAUAAAUGUCCGGAGACAGGUUUGAUGUUUGUGUCUGACAACCCUGAAGAUUGCAAAUUCUGCCUUGCCUGUUUCACCGCGAACGUUCCUAGGAGUUUCGUUACAAAAAUGAACGACCUGGCCGAUUUGGAAAAUGCUUUGCAUGAAGGGUUUGAUGUGAAAGUGAAGAUUGAUGAACAAACAUGUGAACAAUGUUUGUCCUCUCAAGGAAUCUGCGGCUUCAAUAAUACAACACAGAUCUGCUGCAAGAAUGACUCAUCAUCAAGAUGCAACGCACUCCAUCUACCUCAUAUAGAUGUACUUCACCAACGCUGCAGUGGCCCCUUUAGGUGUGGCGAUCAGAAAGAACUCUAUUACCCUUUCUGGAGAUCAGAGAGAGAAAGCUGCGGCCACCCCGACUUCAAGCUCGACUGUAGUGGAGAAUUCGCUGAACUGAACAUUUCCUCUGUGAAGUACAGAAUCUUAAGUAUGAGCUAUGGAUCUCCUGUCAUUAGUCUUGGCAGAUCGGAUUAUAUAGGAAAUCUUUGUCCCGCAGAUACUCGAGAUGCACCAUUUGACCAAAGUGUUCUUCAAAUUACGCGUGAUAACGAUCUACUUACAUUAUAUUACGACUGCAACAGCUUUUCACUACCAGCUACUACUGGUAGUAAUUUCUUUGGAGAGCUUGGUUGCGAGGAUGAUAUAGGCGAUAGAAAAAGUUACUAUGUGACAAGAAACAUGUCCUCCCCUUUACCUAACGAGAUCAGUGGCCUUAUAGACAAGGCAAUUUGCAGAAGAGACGUAACUAUUCCUGUGUCUAUAAAUGCUUUGAAAGAAAUGGAGGGGAGUCCCAGUCCGGACAGUUUAGAGAAGGCUCUUAAACAGGGUUUCGAGCUUGAAGUUAGUCCUGAUUGUUCACGGUGCUUCAAAUCUGGAGGUGCUUGUGGAUAUGACCAAACCUCAAAUCGCUUCGUCUGCUAUUGUGAAGAUAAGCCGCAUAGCAGUAUCUGCGGAGACCAAGACAUCUCUACUGCCUCAAAAGCAGGCUUUUCUACUGCUGCAAAAGCAGGAACCGGAUCUGCUUGCGGGUUGGUGGGGGUUAUUCUUAUAGCCGUAGUUCUGUUCUGUCUCUUCAUAUGGAGAAGGAAGACAUCAGAUGUUCCUAGACAACUUAAUCUAAAGGCCCUUAUGCCACUAGAACACUAUAGCUACGCGCAAGUAAAGAGAAUUACAAAGUCAUUUUCUGAAGUGGUUGGGAAAGGAGGAUUUGGAAUUGUUUAUAGAGGAACCCUUUGUGAUGGCCGCAAGGUUGCUGUGAAGGUCUUGAAUGAUACAACGGGUAAUGGUGAAGACUUCGUUAACGAAGUUGCAAGCAUGAGCAAGACAUCUCAUGUCAACAUUGUUACCUUGCUAGGAUUCUGUGCUGAGGGUACCAAGAGAGCGAUUAUUUAUGAAUUCUUGGAAAAUGGAUCUCUUGAUAAGUUCAUCUCAAGCAAGAGAUCAUCAAAUAUGGAUUGGAUGGAACUAUAUGGAAUCGCAUUAGGCGUGGCUCGUGGUCUAGAGUACUUGCACCAUGGAUGCAGAACAAGGAUUGUACAUUUCGACAUUAAACCACAAAAUGUACUCUUAGAUGGAAAUCUUUGCCCCAAGGUUUCAGACUUUGGCCUUGCUAAGCUCUGCGAGAGGAAAGAAAGCAUCUUGUCAUUACUAGACACAAGAGGUACGAUAGGAUAUAUUGCACCUGAAGUGUUUUCAAGAGUGUACGGUAGAGUCUCACACAAGUCAGAUGUGUAUAGCUAUGGAAUGUUGGUUCUUGAGAUGAUAGGAGCAAGGACUAAAACAUCAACUGAAGACACUGCAUCUAGCACAAGCUCAAUGUACUUUCCAGAAUGGAUCUAUAAGGAUCUUGAGAAGGGACAUAGUGGAACGCCUACCGGGAAUGUAAUCAGCAAUGAAGAAGAGGAGAUAGCAAGGAAGAUGGCAUUGGUGGGUCUGUGGUGUGUUCAGUAUUCCCCUUCAGAUCGCCCGCCGAUGAACAGAGUGGUAGAGAUGAUGGAAGGAAGUCUAGAAGCUCUUGAAGUCCCUCCUAGGCCUGUUCUACAAAUUGCCACAGCUCCUCUUCCAGAAUCUUCUAGUGUUUCAGAGGAUAUUUCAGUUUACACAGAAGUAUGUUGAAUGAAUAUUUGCAUAAACCGGAAAGGAUCAUGACCUUUGUAUCAGAGGUCUCUGGUUUGAGUAACUACUAGACGAAACUAUUAUUAUUCUAUAAUCUGGUUUCAGGUUUGGGGAAUACGGGAUUCAACCCCAGCUUUCUAGAAUUCAAAAAAAAAAAUUGUAUAAAGAAAGAAAUAUCCCUAGAACCUAUUAAAUCACAUGAGCAGUAAAUACAUUUAUUCAUGAAA